AUGGUGAGAAUCCACAUGAGUAGCCCAAUUCUUCAACGAUCAAAAAGCUUCAAGAACGCUCAUUAUGCAAAGAUCACUAUCAACGAUAAAGAAUUUAGAAUUUCUCAGUCUCAUGCAGUUUCAAUGUUCGAAAAAUUUUACUCUUGUUAUCUUUUAGACUCAACAUUUAAUCAUCUUCAUAUAAAUUGUAAUGUUAAGUACCAAGACUCAUACGAUGCCUUUGCACAUUUAAUUUUAUAUGGAGUUGCCGAUUUGGAGUGCAAUGAAAACGUUCUAAAAGAUCUUUUUGCAAUAGGAAAGGCUCUUGGAUGUGAGGAACUUAUGAACCUAUUCAAAGUAUACGUUGUUGACAAAAUGGAAAUUGAUGUUGAUAAUUGUCUCAAAAUUCUUGAAUACUAUAUUGAUAUAGGUUCGGAAGAAAAUAUUAUUAAAUGUAUUGAUUUUGUUGCUUCAAAAUUUUACACAAUUGACAUAGAAAAACUGAAAUUACUUUCAAUUAAAUUCGGAUUUGAUGUUAUACAAAGAAUACUCAAUAAUGACAAACUUGCUAUAGCUACAGAGGAUUUAUUAGCCAGUUAUAUCAUAGCCUUGACCAAAAAGAGCAAAAUUUUCUUUCCGUUAGUUGAAUUGAUUAAAUUUGAACACUGCAGCGACCAAAUUGUGAAAGAAAUAUAUGAAAAUACUGAUAAACACACAUUUGAGUUCAUUACUAAGUCUCUUUAUGAAGCAUUGAUUAGAUCAAGAGAUCCGAAGAAUAUUGAAAGAUCAAUUUAUAAAUCUAAAUAUUUCCGAAGUGGAAACGUCAUUAUGUCUUGUUCUUCAACUUAUGACGGAUCUCCUCAAUACAUAAAUAAGUAUGAAGAAGAUCAUUACUUUAUGAGUAAUUCUAAUUCAUGGGUUGAAUGGAGAAUUAAAGAAAAAUAUUCAAUUCAGCCAUUUGAAUACAUUCUUAGAAUUGCUCCAGAAAAUAAACAUGUUUCAAAUCAUAUUCAAUCAUGGAAGAUUGAAGGAAUUACUGUUGAUGGGGAAUCUAAAGUAAUUUCUGAAGUAUUUAAUUCUCCAAUGAAAGAAGGUGAAAUCAGAAAAAUCCCAAUUAAAGCAAAUGAUAGAUUUAAAUCAUUUAAAUUGAUUCAAAAUGGAACAAAUGUUGAAGGUAAUUACUAUCUUUUAAUUGAUGCAUUUGACUUUUCAGGAUUUAUAUUUGAAAUCGAGGAAAAGAAGAAAUAA